CCCACAAAAAAAAUUCCAAUAAAAACACAAAUGCGAGAACCCCGAGUGAAUCUGGUUCCUCAACCACCAAAGUUUUUACCGAAAAUAUUCCUAAUUAUAAUGGUUCAUCCGUUACUACAAAUGUAACAGAUGAGGAAAGUAUCAAUUCUGGUCAGCGUGAUAUUCCUAAUUAUAAUGGUUUAACGGAUGAAGAAAGUGUCAAUUCUGGUCAGCGUGAUAAUCCUAAUUAUAAUGGUUUAUCCGAUACUACAAAUGUAACGGAUGGAGAAAGUGUCAAAUCUGGUCAUCGUGAAAAUGGGAAGUAUUAUCUUAAAUCGCAUAAAUCCAAUCAUUCCAAUCAUUCGAUUGAUAUGCCCAAGAAAGAUUCUACCGCGACUGACCUUGUGGUUCAAGAAAAAUUGCAUAAAGUUGAAGAUAAUGUGGAUACCGCAAUUACUAACCAAUCAUCUCAUGUGUCGGAUGAUAAUACAACUAAUGAAGGCGUUAGGAGCAUUCCACUGUCUCCCCAGCUCGAUCACCUUCCAGUUAUUCAGGGUUCUAAUAUGUCAGAAAAUCCGCGAAAAUCUCUGGAUGCCAAUGAAUCUGGUUCUCCACUUGUCGAUCAAGAAUUAAAACAAGCUAAUACCUCUUUGCCGUCAGUUGCAAACAAUGGUGCUAUAGUUUCACGUGAGCUUUCACGUGAAUUAUUAUUCUCGAAAAAUCUUUAUAUAGGCCAAGUUGAACAGCUCCCGUCUAUAUACCUUACUUUCUAUUAUCUUGGUUGGUACACCGAAGCUAUUUUCGAACGCAUUGCCAAUAGUCUUAAUAUUGUGGAUCAACACACAGGAAUUCCGCUGAGUAGGUUGUUUCUUUGGAUGUUUUCUCUUAAAAGUUGGUUGGGUAUCAAAAAUGAGGAUUUAGAAAAAUUGGAAGCUGCGAAGAAAUCAGAAUAA